AUGGCCGACAUAUCAUGGCACUACGUUCUCAAAUUCAUCAUCACAGGUGAUGCGGCCGUUGGCAAGUCCUCGCUGCUCAUACGCCUCACCGACCAGCGUUUCCUCACAAAUCCAGAUCCGACACUAGGCGUAGAAUUUGGCUCAAAGCUCAUCACGAUACCCGAAGAAGACAAAGUUAUCAAACUGCAAUGCUGGGAUACGGCCGGCACCGAGUCUUUCCGUUCCAUCACGCGCUCUUACUACCGUGGUGCCGCAGGGUGCUUACUGGUGUACGAUGUCACGUCCCGACAAAGCUUCCUCAACGCGCGAACAUGGCUUGCUGACGUCCGUGCCCACGCCGACCCACACCUAACAUGCAUUCUAGUCGGCAACAAGAUCGACCUCUGCCCACCCGAGCCCGAACCCGAACCCGCACCCGAAUCCAUGCCCGAGUCCGAAUCCUCCGACACCACCGCUCCACGGCCUCUUGAAACCUCCGCCUCCGCACCCCCACACAGCACACACGACGCGUUCGGGCCUGUGCCCGCACGGCGGCGACAAGUUCCCGCGGCCGAGGCCGCCGCGUGGGCGCGCGAAGAGGGCCUCCUUUUCGUCGAGGCGUCAGCCAAGUCCGGGUCAGGCGUGGACAGGGCGUUCGAGGACGCGUGCAGGGAUAUUCUGGACAAGAUCCGGAGAGGGGUAUUCGAUGAUGAACGGGUGAGUGUGUGA